GGGGCCAUUAAUGUUUCAUAGGGGCACCGAAAACCUCACCAGAUUGUCAGAGCAACCCAAAAUUCCGCUUGUAAUUCCCGUAAUGUCCCAGGAGUGGUCUUCCACCAGUAGAGAUUGGUUCUUUCCCUCACCGUCGUUCAUCCGCUCCGCUUCUCACUCUUCAGUCUCUGCACGAAACCCCCGUCGAUUCUUCUCAAAGCAUAGACUCUCUCGCCCUUGGCCACUUAAUCCGUCGUUACCCCCGACCCCCACCAUACGCAAUGAAUUCAAUAAUUCAGAAAUUCGUCGCAGAGUUGAGUUUCCUCUCAGCAAUGAGAAACCUGAGACUUUGGACGGCCUUUCGAAGGCCCUCCCCACUGAUAAAGAAUCUGAUGAGACGAAACUUAUCGGCUUUUCAAGUCGUUGGCAGAUAGCCAUUUUGAUGGUGGCCAUUGUUUUCUCCUUGCUAUUGCUGUUCAGAAACAUUGAUCUACAGAGCCAAGUCAAUCAGUUGCAGACUGAGAUUCUCAACCUUAAUCAUAGAUUUAAUGCGUGCAACAAGUUGGACGCGCCAGAUAUUAUGGAUUCACCAGCUCAGGAUGGCGUUCCUUGUCCUAGUGGAAACUUCAAAAGAAAUGUUGCCCUGUUCUUCUUACUCACACUUCUAUAUAUCCCACUUGUUAUUUUCAAGUACAUAGAUUAUGUAUCAAAAUCAAGGUUUUCUGAUAAUACAUCAGAAGAAGUAUCUCUAAACAAGCGAGUAGCAUAUCGUGUUGAUGUGUUUUUAUCAGUCCAUCCAUAUGCUAAGCCACUAGUGUUGUUAGUUGCAACACUGUUACUUAUUUUUCUUGGAGGAUUGGCCCUUUUUGGUGUAACAACUGAGGAUUUAGCACAUUGCCUUUGGCUAUCUUGGACCUAUGUUGCUGAUUCUGGCAACCACGCCAGCUCUGAAGGUAUUGGUCCGAGGUUAGUUGCAGUUUCUAUUAGCUUUGGCGGGAUGCUUAUAUUUGCAAUGAUGCUUGGGCUUGUUUCUGACACGAUUUCUGAGAAGUUUGACUCACUAAGAAAAGGAAAAAGUGAGGUGGUUGAGCAAAAUCACACUUUGAUUCUUGGCUGGAGUGAUAAAUUGGGUUCAUUACUAAAUCAACUUUCUAUAGCCAAUGAGAGUCUGGGUGGAGGAACUGUUGUAGUGAUGGCUGAGCGAGACAAGGAAGAAAUGGAGCUUGACAUUGCAAAAAUGGAAUUUGAUUUUAAAGGAACAUCGGUCAUAUGCAGAAGUGGCAGCCCCCUAAUAUUGGCUGAUCUUAAAAAGGUUUCUGUUUCAAAGGCACGUGCAAUAAUUGUCCUUGCUGAAGAUGGGAAUGCUGAUCAGAGUGAUGCCCGUGCACUCAGAACAGUCUUAAGUCUAACUGGAGUCAAAGAAGGAUUAAGAGGACACAUAGUUGUUGAAUUAAGUGAUCUUGAUAAUGAGGUCCUUGUUAAACUUGUUGGUGGUGAUCUUGUUGAAACUGUUGUUGCUCAUGAUGUUAUUGGUCGAUUGAUGAUUCAAUGUGCUCGGCAGCCUGGGCUUGCACAGAUUUGGGAAGACAUACUUGGAUUUGAAAAUUGUGAAUUCUACAUUAAAAGAUGGCCACAAUUGGAUGGCAUGCUAUUUGAGGAUGUAUUGAUCAGCUUUCCUGAUGCAAUUCCUUGUGGAAUCAAGGUUGCAUCACGUGGAGGUAGAAUUAUUUUGAAUCCAGAUGACUCCUACAUUCUACAAGAAGGAGAUGAAGUUCUGGUCAUAGCUGAGGAUGAUGAUACCUAUGCCCCAGCCUCAUUGCCUAUGGUUUGGAGGGGAAACUUACCCAAGGACUUUGUUUAUCCAAAAUCUCCAGAAAGAAUCCUUUUCUGUGGUUGGCGACGGGAUAUGGAGGACAUGAUCAUGGUUUUGGAGGCAUCUCUAGCACCUAAUUCAGAACUCUGGAUGUUUAAUGAUGUUCCAGAAAAGGAGAGGGAAAAGAAGCUAACUGAUGGUGGCCUUGACAUAAUUCGAUUGGUAAAUAUAUCAUUGGUUAAUCGUGAAGGGAAUGCUGUUAUACGGCGACACUUGGAAAGCCUUCCCUUGGAAUCAUUUGAUUCUAUAUUGAUUUUAGCUGAUGAAUCAGUGGAGGAUUCUGCAAUUCAAGCAGAUUCUAGAUCUCUGGCCACCCUACUUCUGAUUCGUGACAUACAGGCUAGGCGUCUUCCUUAUGAAGCUAUGGUGGGUCCAACUCAUGGAGGAAGCUUCUCAAAAGGCUCCUGGAUUGGGCAAAUGAAGCAGGCUUCAGAUAGAUCUGUUAUAAUCAGUGAAAUUUUGGAUCCGAGGACAAAGAAUCUUUUAUCCGUGUCAAAGAUUAGUGAUUAUGUUUUAUCAAAUGAACUUGUCAGCAUGGCUUUGGCUAUGGUGGCAGAGGAUCGACAGAUAAAUGACGUCUUGGAGGAGCUCUUUGCAGAAGAGGGAAAUGAGAUGCAUAUAACGCAAGCUGAUGUGUACGUGUUUGAAGGCGAGGAGUUGAGUUUUUACGAGAUAAUGUUGCGAGCCCGGCAGAGAAGGGACAUAGUGAUUGGUUACCGUUUGGCAAAUGCUGAGAGAGCGGUUAUUAAUCCCCCAGCUAAAAACGACAGACGCAGGUGGUCAUUGAAGGAUGUUUUUGUUGUGAUUGCUGAAAAGGAAUAAGGCAUUUGUAUUUUAUGCAUCGUGUAGUGACCGUGAACCUUUUUUUUCUUUAAUGCCAUUAGAACUCGCGUUUUCUUUUUC